AAUAUUCAUGAUUGGUCUCCUGGUUGAUGAUUCUGAAAUAACUAACACACGCCUUUAGCUUCGUUAAAACUUCAAUUUUAUCGGGCCUUUUCUGCUUUAAAAUAACAUAUAUUUUUGUUGAAUCAUUAACGUGGUUGGCAGAGAGAAGAAGCAAAUUACCUGACAACGAAAUGUACAGUGUGGUGUACAAGCAGGAGCAGGCGCACGAUGACAGUAUCUGGUGUGUGGCUUGGAUGAAAAGUGAUAGGGAUGGAGUUGAGAACAUCGUCACUGGAUCAGUGGACGACUAUGUCAAAUGCUGGAACUGGGAGAAUGAUGAACUAAAAUUAAAAUGGACCUUGGAAGGACAUCAACUUGGAGUGGUUUCUGUAGACAUCAACCCAACGGGAACAAUUGCAGCCUCAAGUUCUCUUGACAGUCAUAUCAGAUUAUGGGAUUUAGAGGUCGGCAAACAGAUGAGGUCAAUCGAUGCGGGUCCAGUUGAUGCAUGGACGAUAGCUUUCUCACCCGAAGGCCGCUUCUUGGCGUCCGGUAGCCAUGUUGGAAAGAUCAAUCUGUUUGGAGUGGAGAGUGCAAAGAAAGAGUCCCAGCUAGACACCAGAGGCAAAUUCACACUCAGCAUAGCAUAUAGUCCCGAUGGAAGGUUCUUAGCAAGUGGAGCUAUCGAUGGCAUUGUCAAUAUAUUUGAUAUUCAGUCAAGUAAACUGCUUCACACAUUAGAAGGUCACGCUAAGCCCAUCAGGUCACUGUGUUUCUCUCCAGACUCUCAGCUCUUAGCAACUGCAUCAGAUGAUGGACAGAUCAAAAUAUAUGAUGUACAACAAGCCAACCUUGCUGGAACCCUCUCUGGUCACAGCUCAUGGGUCACUGGUAUCCACUUCUGUCCAGACAACACACAUUUUGUGUCCAAUUCAUCAGACAAGACAGUCAAGGUGUGGGACUGUGGAACAAGACAAUGUGUAGCAACCUUCUAUGAUCACUAUGACCAGGUUUGGCAAGCAAAGUACAAUGGCAAUGGAUCCAAGAUGGUCUCGGUAUCGGAUGACAAGGCAAUACACAUCUAUGACUGCCCCAUCUAGAUUCUAACAGAAGAGUAAGGACAUAACAUCAAUGUUAUAUUGGCCUGUUUGUGGUCGACCCCUCCCCCAAGUACCCAUUUAGGAAAAUCACUCCUUGGACAGUUACCCAUGUACACAGCUACCAAGUUGUUGUACUGAAAUGUGAAGGGAAAAAAUACUGAAGGUUAGAUGGAGAAUAAAAAAAGAAAUUUAGAAAUAAAGUUCCUAUGUUCUGUCUGCUGUAUUUAUGUGGGAAACUGAUUUCCUCAACAACAACAAAAUAAACAACUGAUUUUCUGCCAUGGUAAUUCUGAACUGUUCCUGUGAAAGUUGGUAUCUCUGCAUAUAGGGUGAUUCCCAGUCAGAGUAUGCGGGCCCUGUUUCACUAAAACACUUGAUUGAUUCAAAUUGAUUUUAAGUCCUCCAAGUUCAAUCAGAUACUUAUAAGAAGUUAUCGCCUGUGCAAACUGUUGUACUCUAUGUCAAUAUCAAAUUAAAGUUUAGUUUCUGUCAAUGUGAAUCUAUUAAUUGGGUUUAAAUCUUAUCAGUUCUUGUUGCAGUUGACUGUGUCCAAUCAGAGAGUGCUAGUUAUGAAUAACUGACAUCAAACUUGUAUAGCUAAUUUGGGCGUGUACACUGUCUUUUUGAAAGGGUCAUUGGGAAUCCAAGUUUUGUCACUCCAUUAACAUCUCUCGGUUCUAUUAUUUCUUGAUGUAAGAGCACUAAAGGGCAAAGAAAAUACAUGCAUCUAACCCUGUCAGUAUUUCUCCAACAACGGCUAAAAACCUAUUUGCAAAUCUGGUCAAAGAUACUGAAGAUUGGCAUUUUAAUUAAUGAAUUCUGACAAACUUGUUUCCAGAUGUGGAAGACAAAUGUAGACUGCUGAAAUGAAUUCAUUCUCAAAACAUGUUUAAACUUAUAAAUGUCAGUAAUCUUUAUUUGCAUUUGAAUGGUUAAUUUAAAAACAUGCGCUACAUCUUUGGAAGACAUAAUCACAUCUACUUUUUAAUAAAUAUAUGUUGUCAUAAUUCACUGAUGAUAACAUUGAUAAUUUGUUUGUAUAUAUUAUAUAAUAAAUCUUGCAAAAUGUUGCAUUGUUGCAUAAACCUUACAAACUAAAUUCUCAUUCUGACCACCAAAUAUUAUCUUGUGCUUGGUAUCCCACAGGUUAAAAUCAAGCUUUAUUUUAGUUAUAAGUACUGUUAGUGUAAAUAGACUUGAUGUAAGCAUCAGUGUGUAUAUAUGUAUAUAUUCUAAGGGAUGGUUCACACAUGUCAUCAAAUUCAACAAUCCAUAGCAAUGGUUGGACUAGGGUUAUAAAGAUUGAGUCGUUAUCAUUAUCAAUUCAAGUACACCUUCCACUGAAAGCCAGAAGGACAUUAUUGUUAUAAAACUCUGUAUAAAAGUAAAAAGGUUAAUGCCCUCCUUGCUCUUAAGAAUGUUUGCUUCAGCAUCCAGGGUGAAGUCAACCUUUCUCCUUGUUAUGUUUUGUGAAAAUGAAAAGUUAUUGAAAUUUUAAAUGAAAGUUGAGUUGGUUAUGGCACUAGGUAAAAGUGAUAUUAAAUGGGUAGAAUGGGCAGCUUUGAAAUGACACUCGGUAUCAGAUAUAAUUUCAAUCAUGACAAGAAUUCCUGAUAUGUAAGUACAUUUAUUUAAACAUGGGAGGUGCAUGCCACCCCUCCGCCUUCUUUAGAAGGGUAAAAAGGGCUUUUGCUAUUCAGUAUCAGUGAAUCCCAGUGAAUUAGAAUAUGCAUUCUUUUACGAAGGUACUCUGGUAUGUUCAAAUGCAUGAUGCACUUUUCAACAUGUUCCUAACUUUUGUUGAAUUGCUGACUUUUGUGAAUAAAAAUAUUUUUCAUUGAGAAA